AUGGGUCGAGACAGUUCAGACCAACCAAUGGAAGUCGACCGAGGAAUUGGUCAACUAGCAAUCAGCCAGCCAUAUUCAAGCAGCCUGCCAUCCGACCCGCCAGUGCUUCGCAAUACGAUUCCACGUAACGGUCCUACAGAAGAGGAAAAAAUGCCACCUCAACAAUUGAAGGAGUAUCGAAAAAGGCUGUUGGAAGUCGAUCAAAUAGCCAAGCUCGAUUUGAAAAUUGAGGAGAUCUCGAACAAGAUGAAGGCUGCACAGCAUAAUCGCGAUAAUGAAGUCAUUCGUAUGAAUAAACGAAGAGAUCUAUUCGAUGAAGAGAUCGAAAGAAAGACAAGAGGGGCGGCGUUGGCGAUGAAGGUCAAAGAGAGGAACCAUGUGGUGCAAAUGCAUAUUGCAAAGAUGACUGAACAGAUGAAAAACAUGCCAGUCAUGGGAGAGGAGGGUCCCGCUGUUUUUAUACAAAAGACAGGUAGAUGUGAUGACGAAAAAUAA